AAAGAAGAAGAAGUGAGACUUGUGUUCUUUUUUAUUUUUCCUUACGGUGUUUCUCUUUUAUUAUUAAAGCUUCUGUCUUUGUCUUUUAGGUUCUUGCCUUUUUCCGAUCAAUCAGACCAAUCCCUCCUCACUUUUAGCAUCUUCUUCUUCCUUCUUCUCUCCUUUAUAUUUUCAUAUUAGAAUUCAAUCGAUUCCUCUUUUGUUGUAAUUUCAAAGAUAUAGAGAGAGAUAUGUAUAAUCAGUUGGCAAUAGCUUCAUCAUCGUCGUCAUCUUCUUCUUCUUCUUCGUACUACGAAUCUUUGAAGAUUUUGGAAGCUGAUGUUCAACACGCUAAUACUUUGGCAGAAGCUAUUCCAAUGGGGAAGAACAAUGUUCGGCUUCAGAUGAAACUGGUUCAUAGUAACUUUGCUUCUUUAUUACUCAUCUUGCUUCGGUGGAUUGAUCUUUCUUCCUCCUGUCUUAUUCCUCGCUACUUAAACCUCUUCCAUGUUCUUGUCUACAAGGUCCAGUCUGAUGGACAACCUAAGCUUACCACGCAUGGCAGGAAAGCAACUAUUAGUGAGUUCUACGGUGUGAUACUACCAUCACUUCAGCUAUUGCACAGCAACUUAGAUGAGUUGCAAUCCGCGGACAUUGGGUUUGACCUUAAAAGACUCAGCAAGAAGAUAACAAAAGAGGCUCGCAGUAGUCGAUUCAGCAGUGCCGGGUUAGAGCGUGAAGAAGAAUGCGGCAUCUGUUUAGAAACUUGUACCAAGAUGGUGUUGCCCAAUUGCUGCCAUUCUAUGUGCAUCAAAUGCUACCGCAAUUGGAACUUGAAGUCUCAGUCAUGCCCGUUUUGUCGAGGCAGCAUGAAGAGAGUGAACUCAGAGGACUUGUGGGUGCUUGCUAGUGAUAACGACGUGGUGGAUGCAAGGACGGUUUCAAGGGAAGAUUUGUUCAGAUUCUAUCUCUACAUCAAUAGCCUUCCCAAGGAUUACCCUGAAGCUCUCUUCUUGGUUUAUUACGAGUACUCAAAUCUGCUUUAGAGUCUGGACAAACAAACUUUGUACAGAUUUUUAGAAAUUAAAUGUAUUGUAUAGAGUAAAACUGUGUUAAGGCUUUUGGAUGAUUUGAUGCAAAUGCCAAAAGCACUCAGCUUUUACAUGCUUUGUUAUUGUGAAUUGUGACAAAAAAGCUUGAAAGCUUGAAUGCAGAAGAGAAUAAAGAUCCUUUUUUGGGGAA